GUUACAAUGAAUGGGCGAUAUGAUCUCAGAUUGCCUCAGAUUAGAUGCAAAGCAUGUGAAGCCACUUGGAGUCCUGGAGUGGAUGACCUGAUCCGUAAUGACUACUGGCCGGCCACUUCUCACUAUUCAACUGUGUAUGCAACAGAUGUCCUUUUUUCUUUUGAAGAGCUGAAGAUGGCAGCACCAGGGAUAUCUAGCCAAGCAUUUCUUAGAAUGCUGGAUCAACGCACUGUUCGCUUUGGCCGUAAUGGAAACAUCACAGCAGACAGCUUCCGGAAAAGCUUCUUGGAGUGGGAAGCUGUCCGAUUCGAAGUGGACAAAUUAUGCCAGGAGGACCACUUUAACUGCCCAGCAUGCAGUCCAGACAUGCUUGCAGUAUCCGUUGAUGGAAACCGUAAGCACUACAGAUUCAAGAGUGCAGCUAGAUCGGAGGAAAAAGCCAUCUUUGAUGGCGUGUUCAUCGCGAAUGAUGAUGACGUCGCAAGAUUCGUGGACUAUGUCCAUACCUCAACCAGUCAUGUCUCUGGAAGAGGUGUCUGUGGAGGGCAAUGGUCAGCGGCUCGUGAAACGUCUCAGAAGUCCUCAGGAAAAACAGAUGAGGAGGGCCUGGAACUUGCUGUAUGUCGUCAUGGGGUUCUCCUUCGUGCCCUCAAUAUGUUCAGGGGCGAAAUCUUUGCCUACCCCCUGUACCUCCAAAAGCAAAUGGCCUGUAAGCCAGUUACAUUUUUUGCAAUGGAUGUGGCAUGCAAGUACUGGCCUUACCUCCAGAGAGUGACAGAGAAAUGCCCUGAGCUUCAGGAUCUCCUCAACAUGAGGCCAUUUCUUUCUGUUUUUCAUGCCAAAGCUCAUGAUUUCAAAUGUGAGGUAAAAUGGAGUGGAGCAUAUCAGGAGGGGGCUGGUUCGACUCUUGGCGAAGAGGUGGAGCAGUGCAACGCCUUCCUCUCGAGGAUUGCUGUUACGACAAAGCACAUGUCAAAAGCGGGACGCAUUGACAUGCUGACAAUCAUGGCCAUGCGCUGGAACCAACAAAAGUUUGACAACUUGGCUUCUACCCUUGCCCGCCGAUAUCGGAAGGCCACAAUAGCCCUGCAAUGCCAGUUGCAUAACCUGGAGGCCAUGAAAACAGAAAUGGACAUCUCUGACAAUCAACUGGAGAGGUGGAUCAUUGAUAUCAAUGAGUGGGCAGAAGCAACAACAUCCCCAAAUGAUGCUGAUGUUGCCGCUGUUGCCAGCCGAAUUGAGGAGCUGGUGGCAAGUGUUAAGAGGAAGUCCCAGCGUCUUUACAAGGAUAGUGACGGAUGCAAAGGACGUGCCCGAAUCCGCCGAAAGAUCAGGGAGGAAAAAAAAAUCUUAAAUUCUGUAGUGGAAAAAUAUAACACCUUGGUUCCUAAUGCAGAAAAACUGACAUUGGACACCAUUCUAUGUGACGAGAAUGUUUGGCCAUGGCAGCUUACCCACGGUGACUCUGUAGAUCUAAGGACAAAGAGGAAGGCGUUCGACAUUGUGAUGGCAGUAAGGAGACUUGAGGAGGAGAAGAGGAUUCUUAUUGCAGAGAUGAACAAGCAUUGGAAGUCUCUUUGCUCCCGUGCAGACACCCUGAAGCAGAUGUCAUCCCAGCUUGCUAAUGUGACAUCAGGUGAAACGUGGGGCCUGCUUCAAGAUGGUAUCCGAGGUCUAAAGAGCUUGACAUUGAAGAACAAGCAAGCAAGCAACAGCCUGGCAAAGCAUGCAAAGACAUUUUAUGUUCAAGUUCUGACUGAAACAGAAAUUAACUUUGAUAGUCAUUCUGAGGAAUACGAUACCAGUAGUGACUCUGAGCAAGAUUAAACAUGGCCAGAGUCCUUUUUUCUGCUGUUGUGUGCUGGGGAGGGCUGCUGGGACAGGUUGGUAAGGAAAGCUGGUUCUGUGUUUGGCAUGGAGCUGGAGUUAAGUAGCAGUCUUCUGUCAUGCUCAACAUUGAGGAGGUCCUUUGUCCCCAGGGCAAACCAGCAACUCAAUUUCAUAGAGAAGAUUAGGGGCAUGAGUCUCACCCUGCGCCAACCAUUACAUCACUUUGUCUAUUGUCUAGUAUCCACUAUC